UACUUUCAAAGUGUGUUUCGCCGCGUACGUAUCUCCCGAAGCCUGGGCAACGGAUCAGUAGAAAAUUCUGCCGGCGUCAAAGAUCCCGUGAUCAGGUGCGAUCGACGGACGGGUUGGUGGCAAGUGCAACCGAGUGCACACGUGCGUAUCUCUUCCCGAGUUUGGUUCACAGUGUGAGUGUAUGUGCGUGUAGUUUAGCGUGUAGUUCACGCACGGUGACGAGAAUCGUGCCAGCGGCGUUGUGCAGAGUGAGUGUGUGUGUGUUUGAUUUGCCUGUGGCGAUGUUCUGCUAGUGCGCGCUCACUGUCUCAAUGACGUCGAUCGCUGGUGCGAUGAAAUAGCAUCAAUCAAUGAGCAGUGUGGUUUGGUGUGUGUUGAAGUGUCUCAUCUCAUAGCGUAAAGAGCGCAGUGCAGUGUAGUGCUGUGUGUGUGGGUGUGUAUUACAGUGUGCAUGUGUGUGGGUGGAUGGGUAUUCAGUGUGUUUAGUUUAGUGUGUUUGACGGUGGUGUACACAAAAACAUAUAAAAACAACGAUUGUGUACGAUUGUGGAAGACAGCAAGCAGAGACAACAAACCUCACCAGAGAGAAUACGACGAUCGUAGCCGAUGGUUUGUUUCGUUCAAAAGAGGCGAGGUAAGCGAGGUUGUCCUGCUGGUUCCUGUUCAAAAGAUAAGUGUGUGGCACCACCAUCUCACCCCUUGGCGGCAUCAGCGUAGUGGCAUCUGGGGCAAAAUAAAGCUGAUUGGCUGCUAAUGAACUAAACAGGGAAAGGACGCGGCGAACGUUAGCAGCCCUCACAGCCAUCGAUAACUGUUCAGCCCGGCACUGUCCGCUGGACGCACACUGCCCCAAAGCGUUGUCCCCUUUUUUUUAGCGAACUUAAAAGACUACACACUCUGCUGUUUGGCUCAGAGUGUGGCCCUCCAGGACCAAAACGUCGAGCGAGCGAGCGAGCGAGACGGAACACAAAACUGAAGUGGAUAUGCACUAGCCAGAGCCGGGAAGCGUUUAACAAUGUGUUCAGCAAACGAUCGACUCAGCGACACCGCCACUCAACCGUCAGCAGCGCCACUCAGCUCCACAAUGUACACGCAAGCAAGCAAACGACCUCCAGCAGCACGGCGACCACUCGUGAGCAGUAGGAGGAGAACCUGCCGUACCCAGCAGCAGCUGCCUCACUGCCAUCGAUGCAGUAGGUGGUCGGACCGGCGGAUAUCGCACAGCUUAUUGGGACUGCUGUGCCUACUGCUAACCGUAUGCAUCCUGCCCACGGUGUUCGGUUCCCCGCAGUCCUCAUACUCGCAUCAUUCACAUCACUCCCAUGGGCAUCACCAUCAAACGGCACCGGCACACGGUGGUGGAACGAGUGGAUCCGGCAGUGUCCCGCCAUCCUCGCAGCAGUACUCCGGCGGCUCCUCGGCCCGUUCGAGCGGUGGCAGCGGUCUCGGCCUGUACAUCAUUCGUGCGCCGGAGUCGACGAUCGCACCCGCCGACGAUGAGGUGCUGUUUGAGUGCGAGCUGAACCUGAUGCCGGAGCAGCUGGACUGGCGGUUUCGGGCGCAGGGCACGGCGGGACAGCGCAAAGACUACGUGCUAAUCCAGAGCAAUCACCAUGGGUACAAUGCGACGGUCGUUGACGGACGGUACAAGCUGCGCGUGUCGGUAAGCGAAUCCACGAUCGGCGAGUACCAGUGUGUGGCGUGGUUCGGUGCGUCGGCGAUUGCGUCCAUACCGGCCCGCCUGACGCUGGCGACGAUCGGGCUGGAGGCGGAGGCGCCCGGUGUGCCGGGCCGGCACGAUCGGGUACCGACGACGAUGCGCCGCAUACAACCGCAGCAGCAUUUUAAGGUAUUUCCCGGCAACAGUAUUAUCAUCGAUUGCGGUGACAUCGUCUCGAACCCGCCGCCCAUCUGGAGCUACUACAAAGAUGGCAUGACGAUCUAUCCGAACGUGACGCAGCUCCAGACGGGCCGCCGGCUCAUACUGGCCUCGCUGGCGCAGCGCGACACCGGCACGUACUGGUGCUCGGCCGUUAACUCCAUCACCGGCAGCGAAGUGAUACUGCCCCAGCGUACCACCGUCACGGUCGACUACGUUCCGCGGUCGGCGCCGCGUGCCUUCACCCAGCCCCAGAACGUGUCGGUACUGCCGGGCGAUACGGCCCUGCUCGAGUGCCCGGGCGUCGGCAACCCCGUCCCAGUGCCCGCCUGGACGAGAGCGAACGGCAUCCCGCUGAAUGUGCGCGCUCGCAUCCAGGACUACGGCCUGCAGCUGUCCAACGUCCAUCCGGAGGACGCGGGCCAGUACCUGUGCCGGCUGCAGAACGGCAUCGAUCCGCCGCUGCUACACUCCGUGUGGCUGACCGUGCUGGAGCCGCCGCGCAUCGUCGCUCCACCCCGCUCGACGCUCACCAACGAAAGUGACAGCCUGGAGCUGGAGUGCAUUGCACGCGGUUCGCCCCAUCCCGACAUCUACUGGAUGAUCAACGGCGACUACACCGAGUGGGACGGUCUGAUACGCACGAACGGCACGCGGCUCAUCAUACAGUCGGUGGAAAAGCGCCACGCCGGCAUUGUGCAGUGCUUCGCCCGCAACGCGGUCGGGGAGGCGAGCGAGGGCAAUCUGCUGCAGGUCAUCCCGAAGCAGAUACCGGGCGGCGUCGGCACGACACCGCUCGGGUCCGUCCCGUCCAGCCCGAAGGCGGGCGGUGGCGGUGGCGGCGGCGGCGCCGGCGGGGACCAUUCGCCCAAGCGCAAGGGUGGAAAGAAGCACAAAAACCUGGUAAUGAUACCUCCCUCCCGGCCCAACAUUACCCGGCUGUCGGACGAAUCGGUGAUGGUGCGCUGGUCCGUACCGUCCAGCGACGGGCUGCCGAUCCAGUUCUUCAAGGUGCAGUACCGAAUGCUCGGCGAUCCGACCAAAAACAUCGCCCGCACCCAGUGGAUGACGGAGAACGAAGACAUCCCACCGUACACGCGCUCCUACGAGGUGAACAACCUCAAAUCGGACCACCUGUACCGGUUCCGCAUCGUGGCGGUCUACUCGAACAACGACAACAAGGAGGGAGCCGCCUCGGGCAAAUUCCACCUGCAGCGUGGCUCGCAGCUCGGCCUCACCAAGAACCAUCUGCUGGCGCCGACGCUCACCCGCAUCGAGCCCGUCUCGCAGCAUGCCGUUGUGCUGCAGUGGCAGUUCCCCCAGCAUCUGCCGCACCCGAUCGAUGGUUUCUACGCGUACUACCGGCCGGCCACGACGGCGGGCGAAUACUCGAAGGCCACGGUCGACAGCAGCACGGCCCGCCACUUCAAGAUCGACCAUCUCGAGCCGGGCACGGCCUACGAGUUUAAGCUGCAAUCGUUCACCGCGUCGGCCGCAUCGGACUUUAGUGCGAUCCUGACCGGUCGGACGCUGAAGCCACCGACACCGCCACCGACCGUACCGACGGUGAUAGCGGCAGCGGAAGGGCCGGACGGUAGCCAGGUCGUCCCGGUCAACUAUCUGCUCGUGAUCGGCUGUGUGCUGAUCGUGAGCGUGCUGCUCGUGCUGUUUCUGUGCUGCUGCUUUAGCCGGCGCAAGAAGCGUGGCCACGGUGCAGAUGAACCAGAUGCGAAGGUACACAUACCAGUCGAUCAGAACGGGUUUGCCGGUGCGGUCAGCAAUGGGGGACCAAGGGGCCCGCCGCCACAUCACAAGACGCGCACGAACGGCAUGAACGGACGGAUGAACAUUACGCCCAACCCGCUGGCACAGGAUGGCGACAAGGUAACGAAUCGCACUGUGAUGGAGCUGCGCUUCCUGCCGAACACGCUGGUCGAGGGAGAUGCCGGGCUGGCACGGGCGGCCACCGCUACCGCCAUCGAGGGCGGUUGGAGACGGAAGAAGCGAAACGCCGCGCUCGAUGCGGUGCCGAAGCAGGGCGACGAACCGGCGGACGGCGGACGGACGGGCGAUGGUAGCGACGAGGGCGACGAAACGACGGUCCCGGGUGGAGUGGCAGCGGCUGCUGCCACGAUGCCUCACGAGCCAGCCACUAAUAACAACCACCAAUCGAUUCCCAACCAACAGCAGCAACAUCACCUGCAGCAGCAACACAUCGGAGGGCUUCCACCGCUGCAUCAUCCGAGUGCCGCCACCGUGGCAAUGAACAGUUGUGGCAUUCCGCAAGCGCACCAGCAGCAGCAGCAGCAGCAGCAGCAGCACCAACAGCAGCAGCAGGAACAGCUAAUGCUUGCCUCGAUGCCCCACCGGCGCACGCUCGAACGCACCGCGGUCAGACCGAUCCCGAACGGUGCCACCAUGGCGUACGGCGUCGAUCCGAAGCUGCUGCUGGACGGCGGUCAGCCGACCGUCGAUUGCCGCCAGUCCUCGAUACGGCGUACGCGGCGCGGUUCCGGCUCCGUCCCAGGCAGCCCACGGAUAGGUCGAGGACCCAGCAGCGAGUUCCUUCAGCAGCAGCAGCAGCAGCAGCAGGGCGUAACCGUUGCCCGCUCGCCGAUGCCGAUGCGUGCGGCCGGGAUGAAGCGAUCGGCCGCGACAAGGCUGGGCCGGGCCGAGAACAUGUCCUCGGGCAGCUUGAACAGUAUUGAGGUAUGAGAAUGGCCGACCGGCGCCGUCCCGACCGCCGCCGACGGCGCAACCACCGGCGCGUCCUCCUCAUCCACCAUCACCCGCAAGCGGCGCAGCAAGCGUGCGUUCAAGCUGCUGUAUCUGGUGCGCCGGCGCCAUGCCAGGAAGCCACGCCAGCUGCCCCAGCAGGACGUGGAGCACCACUGCCAGAAGCAGGCGUUCUACGAGCGGGCGAACGGGUACCGGCUAAUAUCCUGAGUGUCACCGUUCGAGCUGCUGCUCUCCGUGCUGCACGAUCUGGUGGUUAGCGUUUAGAGGUUGAGAGCGGGUUUACGGGGUUCGACCCCCAUUUUACUUUUUUGUUUCUACUACAUCCGUCCAUGAGUUGUCCUGUAUACAUCCUGUUUGAGUUAGAGUUAGCGAGGGGCGUGGGUUUUAGCAAGGUUAAGUUAGUGCCUAAAGCUAGAUCGUAUGAGGAAGGGGUGCCGCUGCUGUACUUAAAUCUCGGUCGUUCGUUUAGUUCGAUGUACCUUUCGCUUUCCGUUUGAAAGGCACCCUGGCCCUGCCCCGGGUACAGUGGGUCGGUGCAUAAUUGUAAAUAAGACUCCUCGUUUGGAACGGGGCGUGAACGCUAUACUUAGGCUAUACGGGAGGGAAACUACUGUUAACAGCUGUGUGUGCAGAUUAGCAGAGCAGGCGAAGACAAAAGACACACUAACGCGCGGCGAGCAGUGAAUGUGCUACUUAACGUAUAACUACUAUUGCUAUUAAUACGGCUAUUAAUACUACUACUACUACUACUACAGAUACUUAACGUACACACAUUAGAUAAUCACACCAACAAACAACACAAUCAGGAGGCCGAAAUGUAACGCCUAGAAACGAACCGUAACAAGUCUGCUAGCUCUCGGCCUGCUUGCUGGAUGGCUAGCGAUGCAAUGCGCCUAAAGCUAUGCAAUGUGUUAGAAUCUGUGCUGUUUGGCACAUAGUUUAAAAAGCUGUUCAAAACUAGUUUUUCAUGAUUUUGGUAGCUCAAAAGUAUGAUUGAAUUGCAAUGUAACGCAAACAAAUUGCAUACAUUUAGGCGCUUUGCCACGUGGAAGGUAUGCAAUUGCAACAGAAAGCGACGCAAUCGUUCCGUUAACACAUUAGCUUCACCAUAGUAACACGCACAUACACAAACACAGAAACAAACACUAUUUAAAUGUAGCACAGAUGUAUAUGUAUGUGUAACAAAUUUGAAAGGCGAAUCAAAAAGGCGGGAAGAAACGGAAAGAGCAAACUAGGGAAUAAUAGUGAGAUGUUUACUGAGCUUUUCUUUUUAACUGACUGAUGGGCACUGAUUAAUCAUUAGCGAAAUAUACAUGUAUGGGGUUAGGAUAGAGGAGGAAGGGAGGGGAGUGCUAACAAUUUCCUGGCACGCUUGACCGAGCCGGACGGCCAGCCGUCUGUUAUACAAAUGUGUGUAAAUUAUUUAUUUAACCGUUAGUGGAAGGAAACCAGCGCACAGCAGCAAACGGGCGAUAGUAUUUUAGAUGUGCUAGAUGCGCGGAAGACCCAUAAGAGGUUCCAUUGUAUUCCAGAUCGAACGUUUCGCACAGACACAGAGAGCGAGAGAAAGAGAGAGAGAGCUAAGGAGUCCAGCCGGUUUGCCAUUUAGCAUGUUUUGGAGAACGUUUGUUCUGCGUUGUUUAUAGUUUUGUUCUUUAGCAAAAGAAGCUCCAAAACACCGAAUGUAGACGCCUUGUAGGAUUGUAAAUAACGACGAAGAGGAAUAGUUAAAGGACACUGAAAAAACUAGGAUAGAAAAAACCUCCAUCUACUUACAAACGGUAGCAGUCUGAGCAGUUAUUAGCGAACCAACUGGAUGUACGUGUAUAUUUUGUGUAACAAGUAUAGAGAAAAGGCAGAAAAAACGGCGGAAAAUGCGGAAAAAUUCACCCAAUCAAAUCAUAAUUCCAGCAUCACCGUCUGCGUGUCCAUUUUUUUGUUUGUUUGUUUCUACUUGAUCAGCGCUUCGCAAACGUCCGUUUUUUGUGUACUAGGAUGAGGGAGAUAGAUGAUCGCAUAACGACGGUUGGCAUGUGUGCGUGUGUGCGUGUCUUUUUUUUUGGGGGGUGUAUGCUUACUUACGUUUGCUUCUACGUUCCCCGUAGCACAAAACAAGAAGAAACACCUGUAAGAAAUGGCGAAACAAUUAAAGAAAAACCGUGAAAAGAAUG